CACAGCAGAAUUACUACAUGUUAAUGCUUAUUGAAAAGUUUAGUUAGAAAUUGGUUAGUUAGAAAUUGGCAACAAUUGAUACCCUUAUCUUGUCUGGAAUGCUUGUUUAGAGUUGAAUCGUGAUUUCGGAUUGCUUUUGACAUGAAGUAGUAAAUAUUAUGAAUGUGUGUCGAGUAGCAUAGAAUAUCGUUGCAACGUGCGUUGUAGUAUUACUGUAAGAGUAAUCAAACAGUACAUUUCCAGUGAAACUAAAUUUUGAAGUAGAGCAGUCCUAGUGAAGAAUAUAUCUGUAGUGACUUCUUUUUAAGUGGAUCACUGAAAAGCACACGCAGUGAAAAAGGAUGUCUUCAACACCUUUCUCUGAAUGGCCCCGUGAGAAAAAAGAGGAGUUUGCCAAAGAGCGCAUGGAAAAAAUGAAACUAAUGAAUGAAAAGAUUAAACAACGACAUCGUGAAGUAGAAGAAGAUCGUAUCAAAGCAGAAGCAAAGAACUCGUCUGUUACUAGUUGUGCAAGUGUCUGUCAAAAAAAAGAGAAAUGUGUAACUGAUAAUGUGGCAGUAACUGAAACUAAAGUUCAUGAAAGAGAAUGGGACCGUGGAAAAACUGAGGAAGACUGGAACUCAUCAAAUCCUCGUGGUUUACAGUCUAGAUCAAACAGGAAAGAUUAUAAAGACAGGAAGUUUGACAGGAGAGAUGAUGCAUGGAGACCUCAGUCAAAUGUAAAUAGAGAUAUUGGGCGGCGCUUUGCAUCAGACUCGGCAUCUGAUAAGAAAAGCUAUGGAAACAAUAAUAACUAUAAAUAUGGUGAAUCCAACUACAGUUCUGAAGCAAGCUCUAAUUCCAGAAGAUCAAGAGGAAGGUCUUUUAGACCUUCCAGACCACCACCAUUUAGAUCUUCUCAAAAGACUAGGCCGUUUGAUUCAAGAAAUAAAUCUGAUUAUGUUGAAACAAAUGUAUUUAGAAAGCAUCUUUAUGCAGCUAGUUCCUCAUCUCCAAGUGUUAGUGAUUCUGAGCAAGAACCUGAAGUAAAUCUUGCCAAAACAUCAAAAUUCAUUGAUUCUUCUGUAUGGGACGAUGUUGAAAUAACAGAUGUUCAGCAAAAACAAAGCAGGGUUGAAAAGUGGGUAAAAUCUAUACCUAAUAGAUGGGUUGAUGAUAAGCCUAACAAAGAAUUUCAUGGAAAAUAUGAAUCUGGAAAUUUCCACGAUAAAGACAGAAAACGUGAUCAUUCUUUUAAAAAUGAAUGGCAUAAUGAAUUACCCACAAGAGGCAAAAGUAAUGUUGGCUUUAGAGAUCAAACACAAUAUAGAGAGAGGGAAAGUAAAUUUGAUGGACAGAAAUCUGGACGUGGGGGACGUGGGAGCUAUAAUGCUCGUGGAAAUAGGUAUACGACUCGAGAAAGCUUUAAAGAAAUAGCUGAAUCAGAUUCAGUAAGACAAGGUAAUUACCGAAGAAAAAACUUCAACGAAAGAAACAGGUGGCAACCUGGGUUUACUUCUGAAGUUCAAAAUGAUAAAUAUUAUGGGAAAGACGUAAAGUCCGAUAAGAGGAAUUCUGAAUCAUAUAGUUAUGGUAAAUCUAGGUAUAAAGCCCAUAAUGAACGAUCAGGGUAUUCUCGUUUUGAGGACCGUAACAGUCAUGAAAGAAGCUCUAAAUUUAAGCAAGAUGGCAGUAAUAAAACUGUUAAUGUGGAAGAAUCUACAUCAUAUGAGGCAUCGUGGAAUAAUGUGAGUGAGUCCUGUGAUGAUGGAUGGACCAGUACUGAACAAUCUAAUAUUGGAAUGUGGAAUGAAGAACUUACUUUCUUGAAUAAAAAUAAGGCUGGAACUGAUGGUGAUGUACAUUAUUUGGAAAAAUCAACUCCUGAUAUGCAUUCCCCUCGAGGAAAUCUUAAUGACUGUAAAGCCCAAAAUGCUCUUGUUGAUACAGAUGAUGAAUGGGCCAAUAUUGAUCAGUCUGAUUCUGGAACUUGGAAUAACGAAACUGCUUUCUUUGAGAAAAAUAAAGAUGAGGCUGAUGACAACCAGCAUUAUGAAAAAUUAACUUUGGAUUCAUCAGAUGCUCAAAAUAUUGCUUUUGAUACAGAGUAUGAUUAUCAACCUGAAAAUAAAUUUGUAGAUUUGCCUGAUCCAAAUAUUGAGCAUGAUGUUGCUGCUGAAGUGGAUUCCUCAUGCACACAAGACAUUAAUAAUUUAACAGAAAAUUUCAGUGCUGCUUCUCUUAAUGCAGCAGAAUCACUAAACUUCCAGCAGGAAGUUGUGAAAAAGGAGCGAGAGAUAAGUUCAAUACAGAAUGAUAAUGAAUGUAUCAAAACAAAUCUUAAUGAGUCAGGAAGUAAAGGUGUGCCAUUAGAAGAAAACACUACAUUCAGAUCUGAAACUUCUAAAGAUUCAGAUUUUAUUCACGCAAACAAUGAAACUGUGUAUGCAAAUAAAUUGACUGUUCAAAAAGAUGAAAAUGCAUCUCCAACUUUGUCAAUUGAAUUGUCUUCAGUAUCUGAAAGUCAUAGUUUACUUGCUACACAUGUUACUACAGGACCUGCAGCUGAAGUUGAACAUUCCGAAAAUUGUUCUACAUCUAAGACUUUGUCUGGGCAUGCUGAAGCAAAAGUUACUCAGAAAGACCAUUCAGAAGAAAGCACAGAAUUUUCUAGCUCAGUGCCUGAUAAGAAACCGCUUUCUAAAUUACAUUGUGAUGAGUGCACCGAUUUUGCAGGUGAAGUAUUGACUGAACUUCAUUUGUGUGAUGAAGAUAUCAAAGAUUCUGCUUGUGGUACCCAGCCUGGUAAUGUGCCUACUGGUGCAGAUGAGAACACUGAGGAGUUUUCUGAAAUCAUACAUAGUGAGCAAACAAAAAGUUCUUCUGUCUUGAAGUCUGAGUGUAACACUGAAAAUUUACAAGCAGACUCAAAACUAUCAUCUGGUCAUAUUUCCAAUGUGACUGAACAAAAUGAAUUGUUAAAUUCAUCUGUUUGUAGCAUAAAUCAAUCAUGUGAAAAACUGCAGAGUCCUGACUAUAAUACUUGUGCCUUAUCACAGUCUGACGAUGGUGGUUGGUCUACAGUUAGUGAUGAAAAUGAAUGUUCAGAAGACUCGACAAAUUGUGAUGAUAAGCUAAAAAAAUAAACAUUUAUUAUAUAUUUUGAAUUUAGCAUUGCUACUAAAUAUGGCUUGGUCUAUAAUUUUAAGUAUGAAUUUAGUAUAUUAAAUGCAAACCACUAAAUGUAUAUAUAAAAGCUUGCUAUAAUUUGCUGUACAUAUACUGCCAUACUUUUGCAUUCAGAUACCUUAUUAUGUCGCAUAUCAUUAGAGAAAGAUCAGCUUUUAUAAUUGUGUAAUUGUAAAAUAAGAGUUCUUUUUACCCAAUAAGCUAGAGAAAACAUCCAUUUUUUGUAAAGCAUAACUUCUUUUCACCCGUGAAUCUGACAAUUCAUUUUACAUUUUUAUUUCAUUCUGAAAAUUCAUCAUUUCAAUGUAUUAAUAGCAUGUAUUCUUGAUACAAAAAAGUUAAUUUACAUAUUUAAUUAUCAGUUGCACUGUUAUACUUGUAAAACAUAGAGAUAAUUCGUCUUUUAACCCUUUGACUACUAAUGGGACAUAUAUGUCCCACUAAAAGUAAAAAAAUUAUUGCUGGGGUAAAAAGUAUGUACAGUCUCAUGAAUGUUAGUAAUCAUCUUCCAAUAGUUAGAAAAUCAAGACACUACUGUGCUCAUUGUACACAAAUGAACAUAGAGAAAAGAACAAAUAUGAGUUGUUAAUGUGUAAUGUUGGGUUAUGUAAAGAAUGCUUUUACCCUGUACCAUAUGAUGUAAAAUCUAUUUAAUGUAAAAAAGUUUUUCAGAAUAAUAGUGUGCUUAUAGUAAGUCGAUUGAUAUAUGUGGGACAUGUGUAGCCCAGCCUUUGGCUUGAAAACCUUUUUUUCAAAAAAUUCCCAAAUGCUAAAUUUACCUUAUUUAAUGACAUAGUUUCUUUACUUGAAUAGAAAAUGGGGUAUUUUUUUUUUUAAUUCAUAGUCAAAGGGUUGCAUCUAAACAAAUUACUUUACUGUUUGAAAAAUAGCAAGUUUAAAGGAGAAAUUGUACUGACUGACAGGCAUUGGUAUAAUAAUUUAAAAAAAUAAAUGUUAAGGUUAAAAACUAAAAUAUUGGCACUGAUUUUCAUAUACAGCACAUGUUCAUAGACUUCAAAGUUAGAUUUGUGAGAAAAAUUACAUUAUACAUUAAUAAAAUAGCUUUCAAAUCUGUAAAACUGGGGGAAAAAAAAAAAAAAAAAGGACACAAUCUCAGCUAAAAUGUAAACAUGAAAAUUAGGGAAAAAACAAAAAUGGAUCUAUAAAACUUAUUUGAUUUGAAGUGCAGUCUAAGGAAUUAUUCCUUUCUGGUUGGGUGUUUCAUAUAUGCAAAAUGGCAUCCCAACCAUGCAUUCCUCGAGAAUGAAUUCAAAGGACAAGCAGUGCGUAUUUGGACUUAAAGCUGGAAUGUUUAUUAAAGACCACUAGAUUGCACCCUGUGUCCAUUACUUUUUAACUGAAUGUAGUUUUAUGAUACUGACCUUCACUUUGUAUAUAUCUUCUGUUAGACUUCGCUAUUUUACUCAUCAGCUGUUGCUAGGGAGGAGAGAAAGUGUAAUGUAAACAGAGCUUUGUUCUUUAACUCGCCAUGUUAUACUAGAAGCAUUUGCGCUUCUCAUAUUAAUCCGAAUCCUUUUUUUAUUCUUUUUUCCACUACUGUCUAGGGUUCUGUUACACUUUGCAUUGCUUUUAUAUUUCUGGUACCUUCCUUUUUAUUUCAAAAAACUUUGUUUCCAGUUAAUUAUGGUGAGAAGUGUUAUUAUUUAUAAGAGGAAGAAUAUACUUCCAUGGUAAAUGAGUCGAUUAAUGACAUAGAUAAGCAUAAUGAUUCAUUUUCUAAAGGAUUAGAAAGUUAUAUUUCUAGUGAUUCUGAUACAGACAUUUUGUCAGAGAUAGGGCUCACUGAGUACAUCUUUUCAGCUUCCCCGUUAAAUCUAUACUUAAUGUUGGACUCUAGCAUUUGAGGAAUUACAUCCUCAUAUAUUUAUUGGAACACUGGGAACAAAUUUUAUAGUGAAUGCUGAGCAAGAAAUUGAUUUCUUUAAUAUCUUCUUUGAUGAUGAUCUAAUAAUUUGAUUCUUGAAGAAAGAAAGAGUUUUGCUCAAAGAAGUGCUCUGUCAACUUUUAAGCCAGCCAUAUUUUUAAAUGUAUGUACCGAGAAUAUAAAAGUGUUUCUUGCAAUGAUAAUACUGAUGGCAUUAUCAAGAAGUCUUAAUUCGAAAAUAUAUUUCACUGCAAAUGAAAGCUUUGCUACUUCAUUUUUCAAUAAAAUCAUGCGUAGAGAUAUGUUCCUAAACAUUUAAAAGUUUUGCAUUUCACCUCAGAUAGAGUGCUAAAAAUUUGGUAAAACUAGAACUAAUCAUAGAAAAUUUAAAAGAAGCUACACACCUGAAGAAAAUAUUUGCAUCGAUGAAAGCCUUUUGCUUCUGGUUAUGUAUGGAAUUUAAUAAUUUAUUGUGGGAAAGAAAUGUUAAGCAACAGUGGGUAUUAAUGAGAAAAAGUAGUGUAAACAUUGGUGAGCCAUUUACAUGAGAAAGGGUGUAAUUUAUAUUUGGAUCAUUUCUUCAAUGUCCCGUCACUUGUGGAAUACUUUGGAACAGUAUUAAAAACAUAAGAAAGAAAGCCCAAUGACUUUUCAGGAAGAAAACUAGGAAAGGAUGAGUUCAUUGCAAAUGCAGCAAGAUAACAUGAUCAUCAUUCCCUUAAAAAAAAAGUCUUUUUAUGCUAACAAAAAAUGGCUAAAUCUGACAGAAUAGAUAGAGUUACUGGAGAGAACAUUUUAAAACCUAAAUGUAUUAUAGAUUACAACAAAAAUGAGGGUGGUGUGGAAUGAGAACACUAUUCAAAAUGAGAACACUAUUCAUGUUCUUGAAAAUUAGUAAAAUGGUACAAAAAAUUGCUUUUGGGACUGAUGAAAAUGAUAAUAUAUAACUCCAACAUUCCUUUUUACCAAAAAUAUGGCAUUAAAAUGCCAUUUCUCCAAUUUAAAAUGAAACUGAAUGAGUCAACUUUCGAGAACUAUGGAAGUUAUUGAGAAGUAAAAUGGUUUACUGUUAGGUCUAUAUCAGCAUGUAUCCAAUUUUCGUACCCUCUGUAUAUACGAAAAGAGUGAGGAAACCCCAAAAAGGUGAAUGAACUGUGGUAAAACAAAGAAAAAAGCAAUAUUUUAUGCUUGUGGAUCAUGCAAUAUAGGACUCCGUGCUUAGAGAUUUACCACACUCAGUCUUCACUUUAAAUUUUGUUACUUCCUGUAAAUAAUCUCUAUUGUAUUUUUUAUUAAUGAAUUUUGUCAAUUAAACCUUAAGAAUAAUUUCA